AUGGCGGCGGCGCCUCCCUCCCGCCCGCCCCUGCAGCCUGGUAACGGCAGGCUGCCGCCGCACUCCUCCGCCCCUCGGGCCCCGGAAAGCAGAGAGGGGGACGGGGCCGCCAAAGGCGCCUCAGCGAAAGCCAGCCCCCGCCUCGCUUCGCACCAAGUCCUCUCCGCCCGCCCAGCGCCCCAGCCCCCGCGGGAACCUCGCCCUCCGGCCGGGCGGUGUGUGGGGGAGGCCGGCGCGGAUCCUCCGGGGCUCCCCGGCGCGACCUCCCGCCAACCCGGCCUCAGCCCGCCACCAGCCCCCGCCGACGGGCCUGGCGCGCGCUCCCCGCCGCGAGCCACCAUGACUGAGCAGCGCGCACCACCUCCCCUCCCCCCGCGGGGCCGGGCCGUCGGAGGCCCCGCUCCGCUUCACCCGUCCCGGCGCCCGGGACGCAGCCGAGCACGGCUACCGCCCUCCCGCUGCGGCAGGGAGAGGCCGCCACCCAGGGCGGGUAACGCGGCAGCACCGCGCGCUCGGGCCCGGCCUCGCCGCGGCCCGACCCGCCUCCCGGCCCCGCCGCCGGACACCGGCUAA